UGCGCUGUGAGCACCGCUGCGUCCGCCACGCUGGGACAGGGCCUCCAGCGGCCGGGCCGCCAUGGAGUCACUGCCGGUGUACCACGGGAGCAUCACGCGGGAGGCUGGCGAGAAGCUGCUGCUGGCCUCGGGGGUGGACGGCAGCUACCUGCUGAGGGACAGCGAGAGCAUCCCGGGCGUGUACUGCCUCUGCGUGCUGCAUCAAGGUUACGUUUAUACCUACAGAGUGUCCAAGACAGAAACAGGGUCCUGGAGUGCUGAGACGGCGCCCGGCGUGCACAGGCGGCUCUUCCGGAAGGUGAACAACCUGCUCACGGCCUUCCAGAAGCCCGACCAGGGCAUCGUGACGCCCCUGCAGCACCCCAUCGUCCCCGAGGGCAAGGCCAAGCCCCCCGCAGGGAGAAAGGAAGGCCAUGACUUCUACCUGCAGCCGUCAUGAAGACGCCCCCCCCAAGCGUGGCGCACACGUCCUUCCCAGUCUCGCCUCUAGUCCGUGCUCUAGACCAGAACGAUUUAUAUGAUAAUACAACUCCAUGAGUUUUCUUGUAACAUUUGCAGAAAUGUGUAUGUAAUAAAACUUGUAAUGUUUUUAGCUAGAAAUUCUAAGUUUCAAAAAGUUUCAAAAUGUUUUGAA